AGCUAUAAUCAAUACAAAAUACAUCGCUAUUCACCAAUGUCACAUUCUGGAAGUGGCCAUUCUUCUCGCCAGUACUUAGGAACGGGACAAAAUCCGGCCACAAACAGUUCUGGUGGUGUAGCUGGUGGUGCAGGCAAUUCAGCUCCUGGAGACUCCCUAGGAAUCAAUAACCAACCUCAGGUGCUAACUGGAGCAAGUCCUAAUAUCGUUGCCGGUGGCACCACCAGUGCCGUGGACAUCCCUCCUGAUAUGGCUGUACUAUUGCUGAAACUAGAUCAGGACUUCAUGGUUGACAAGACCAUUGACCAGUGGACCUAUAUUAACCGUCGUGAAGAGAUUAUGCAGUCGAUUACCCGUUUGCACCAACGUCAACAGCAACAACAGCUGGACGAUUGGGCCGUGUUGGAUCCCGACCAAUUGGAAACUCCAUUGAAUCCUAGACGACUGUUUGACAUACAACAGGAUAGUCCUAGUGAUUUGGUUAAUAUAUUGGAAUCAAGAGCCAGGAUAUACAAGUCUGAGACCGCAUUCAUGGUGUUGGAUAUCCGGGGUAAAGAAGUGAGUUCAAUCACAUGGGAGAAGCUAUAUUUGAAGGCAGUCAAGGUAUGUUACGAAAUAUUACACAAGCUAUCCUUGACUAAUAAUGAUACCGUGGUGUUGUUGUAUAAGGAUGGAGAAGUUGCCGAGUUUGUCGUGGCAUUAUUUGGCUGUUUUAUGGCUGGGGUCACUGCCAUUCCUAUUCAUCAGGACAUUUCACUAACUGAAGUGUUGGAAAUCAUUAAAUUAACUUCAACCAAGUUGUUGCUUUAUUCGGAAACCGUGGCUAAGGAGUUGGAUCGUUUGAAUACACAAGCCCAACCGAUUAAUUGGCCCUCAAAAUUAAUGAGAUGGAGAACCACCGAAUUUGGUUCUGCCAAAAAGUCAGAAUUAAGCCACUGGCAAAUGAAGCAAUCACAAAGAAAAAGAUCAAACAGUCAAACACAAACCCAAAAUAAUCAAAAUUUGGCCUAUGUGGAAUUUUCACGUUCACCUUUGGGAGAAUUACGAGGUAUUGCCCUAAGUCAUCGUACCAUAUCUCACCAAAUGAAUUGUCUAAAUGUUGCCCUUCUGAGCUUGCCUAAUUCGGACAAUCUCCAACGCAGUUAUACGCAAUAUCAACGUAAUUGCAAGGUUGUCUUGGCAACGUUGGAUAUCAGAUUUUCAAUCGGGAUAAUCAUGGGGAUACUAUUUACGGUGUAUUCAGGAAAUGUCCACAUAUGGGCCCCACAACGAGUGAUGGAAGUUCAAGGGUUGUAUGCCAAUAUCAUCUCCAAAUGUAAAGCGUCGUUAUUGCUUGCCGAUUAUAUCGGUCUAAAGCGAGUCACGUAUGAUUAUCAACAGUCACCCAAUGCCACACGGUAUUUCUCCAAGACCCAAAGAGUGGACUUUUCUUCGGUCAAGUGGGUAUUGGUCAAUGCAUUGACUAUCGAUGGAGAAUUUGUCGAGAUUCUUUCCCAGCGUUAUUUACGACCUUUGGGGUGUCAACGUCCAGAUAAUGCGGUUAUUCCGAUGUUGACAUUGAGUGAUUAUGGAGGAAUGGUUAUUUCAUUACGAGAUUGGAUUGGCAGCCAAGAAAAGUUGGGGGUUCCCUUGGGAGAUGACGAUGAUUCUAGCGACCUUUCAUCUGUGCUUAUUGAUAAAGAAGCUCUUUCCCGAAAUAUCGUGAAAAUUGUCGAAACUAAUCCUAGCGCAUUUGAUGAUAUCAGUCAUGAUUUGUUGCGGGUGGACGCUUUUGGAUAUCCUAUCCCUGAUGCCACCCUUGCUGUGGUCAAUCCUGAACUGUCAAUAUUAGUAUCUAAAGGUGAAUUGGGUGAGAUUUGGAUUGACUCUCCUUGUCUUUCGGGUGGAUUCUACGGUUUACGUAAGGAGUCAAAGCUGAUUUUUAGAGCUAGGUGUCGAGGAGCAUAUGGAUAUUUGGAAAUGGAGUUUUUACGGACAGGACUUUUAGGAUUCACAUAUAAUGGGAAGGUAUAUGUUCUUGGGUUAUAUGAAGACAGAAUUCGACAACGAGUUAGUUGGAUCGAUCAGAAACUAUACAAGAAAUUAAACCGAGAUCUCAUCAUUGGUAAUAAUGGAUCUAGAUACCAUUACUCGUCUCACUUGUUGGCAACUUUGGCUCGUGAAGUAAAGCAAGUUUAUGAUUGUACUAUAUUUGAUAUUUUCAUCGGUAACGAAUACUUGCCGGUGGCGAUUGUGGAAGCCGAGGUGAUACGAAAAACUGUUGAAGAUUCCAAUCAGGAUUCUAAUGAAGCUGCUGAUGAUUAUGUUAGUAGUAGUGCAGUGCCAUUGAACGAGCCUGUGCUUAACGCUAUUGCCCAGAAAUGUUUUGACACAUUGUACCGUCGUCAUUUUCUCCGUUUGUAUUGUGUGCUUGUGGUUGAUUGUGAUACGUUACCCAAAAUCAUGAGAAGUGGUGGGAGAGAAAUCGCCAAUAUGUUGUGUAAGAAACGAUUCCUUGAAGGUAGUCUACGGGCAGAGUUUGUGAAAUUUUUCGUGAGGAAAUCCAUUAGUAUGAUCCCCCAUGGUGAAGAUAUAAUUGGUGGUAUUUGGUCUCCUUAUGUGUCUGAAUUGAGAUCUAUGGCCUUGGCUAAUUUCCCUAACCAAUACUCAAAUGUUGAUUAUCGUGACAGUUCAUUAGAUGAUAAAACGGGUGCUCCGUUGACUGAUUUCAAAACCAUUAUUGAUAUUUUAAAGUUUAGAGUGGCUAGAUCGGGUGAUUCGAUUGCAUUCCACAAUUUGGACAAUGGUAGUAGUAGUAGUAAAUCCAAGCCGUUAACAUGGAAGAAAUUGGAGCAUAGAGCAUACUCGGUUUGUCAUUACUUGAUUGAAAAGGCGUCAAUUAAACCGGGCCAAUAUGUGAUUCUUAUGUAUUCUCUUUCCGAGGAGUUUGUUGUUGCCGUGUAUGCCUGUUUAAUCUGUGGGAUAAUUCCAAUUCCCAUGUUGCCGUUUGAUUCCAAUCGUAUUGGUGAAGACUUCCCUGCUUUUGUUGGUGUCAUUAAGGAUUUUGACGUCAGUGAGAUUCUUGUUAAUGAUGAAGUUGAGAAGUUCCUCAAGAAUGGUCCUGUUGCUGAUUCUUUAAAGAAGAUUAGUCAUAAAAAGGUCAAGGCAUUGCGAAUUAAAAACACGGUGAAACUAACCAAGUUGAGCAAUAUCGCCCUGUUGAAUUCCAAGAUUGCCACCUAUCAAGCCGCAGUCAAUUUCCGGGAUUCUCAUACCACCGCCAUGGUGUGGUUGAAUUUUACCAGUGAUCAUUAUCGUGUGGGUACAGUUUUGAGUCAUCUGAACAUUAUCGGUAUGUGUAAGGUGUUUAAGGAAACUUGCAAUUUGAACUCGAAGACUCCAAUUGUGGGGUGUGUUAGACAUGCAUCGGGUAUUGGAUUCAUCCAAGCAUGUUUGCUAGGCGUUUUCUUAGGAACCACCACGUAUUUGGUUUCGCCGGUGAGUUAUGCUGAGAAUCCCUUGCAAUUCUUCCUUACCCUUGCCCGAUAUAAGGUCAAAGAUGCUUUUGUUACUGAACAAAUGCUUAAGUAUGCUGCGAUCAAGUUUUCUCCUAAGGGAUUCAACUUGAGUAAUUUGAAAAAUAUGAUGAUCAGUACGGAGAAUAGACGAGUGGAGAUUGAUUUCUUGCGAAAGAUAUCCAAGGUAUUUAGUCCCACUAAGUUAAGCGCGGCUGCUAUGUCAACCGUAUACAACCAUUAUUUCAACCCGAUGAUUUCAACAAGAUCGUACAUGACUGUGGCACCCGUUGAUUUGUACUUGGACCCAUUGGCGCUCAGACAAGGGUAUGUAUCUGUGGUGAAUCAGGCUGAUUUCCCUAACGCAUUACACAUUCAGGAUUCCGGUAUGGUGCCUGUGUGUACUGAAAUUGCGAUUGUUAACCCUGAAACGAGACGAGUAUGUAAAGAAGGCGAGUUUGGAGAGAUUUGGGUCAAGUCGGAUGCAAAUUUGAACUCGUUUACUAAUGGACCCAAGGGCCCAGUUGAUAGUUUAAGUCAAGCUCAGUUUAAUGCUCAGAUUGUGGGAGGCGAUCCACAGCUGAAGUAUGCCAGAACUGGGGAUUUGGGAUUUUUGCAUCAUAUUUCCAUCACCAAGAAUGACGGUGGGGAAAAUGGUCAAGAAGGCGGUGAGGCUGGUGGCGGUCGUCGUUCCAGUAACAUUACUUCAUUCCAGCCAUUAUUUGUGUUGGGUAAAAUUGCCGACACGUUUGAAGUGAUGGGGUUGCAUCAUUUCCCAAUUGACAUUGAGAAUACUAUUGAGUCAUGUCACCUGGAUAUUUACAACAAUGGCUCGUGUGUGUUUAAGUGCUCUGAUUAUACUAUUGUUGUUUGUGAGUCUAAACGGACAAGAUAUUAUUCAAGUUUAGUGCCAUUGAUUGUCAAUACGGUAUUCAGUAAGCAUCAUAUUAUUAUCGAUAUUGUGGCGUUUAUCAAAAAGGGAGAAUUCCCCAUCUCCAGAUUAGGUACGAAACAACGAGCAAGAAUUGUCGAUGCUUGGGUUCAAGGGGUUAUUCCACUCAGUGCAUCUUAUGGGGUCAAUUAUGGUGAGAAUAGUAUGAUUAAGCUUAUCAAAGAUAUUGAUGUUGUAGCUAGAGAAGACCCAGUUAUGGGAUUAAAGAAUCCUGCUCUUAGUUAUUAUGAUACAGACAUGGAUGAUGAUGUAUUUGCUGAUGAUCGCCAACCAUUGACGUUGAACCAAGCACAACCUUCUGGUAAUGCGGUAUUUAAUAAUUCUGGUGCUUUUGAGAGUAAUCUGACAUCAGAGAUAAUAAUGUAACUUUGUACGAACGUUUUUUAUUUAUUUAAUGUAUACUAUGUAAUUGA